AAUAAUAAUAAUAAUAAACUGUAACAAUCACAUUUGAACUAAUCUCUACAAUUACUUUUAUUUACACAAAUAAAACAGAAUAACCUUCGAGUACAACAUUCAAGCCGAAAAUAACACAUUUAGAACAAAAAUGACGAGGGUCAUGGCAAAUAUUGCUAACCCUACACACACACACAAACAUUUAACAAUACAGUUUAUUUUAUUAUAUUGCUGGUUAAUUAUGUGGACACUAAAAACAGCAAUACCAUUUUUGAUAGGAAGUAUUAUCUAUAUUGUUUUCUCUGUGUUGUCAAUCAACAUUUUGUCUACAAUUUGUACACUGUAGCGUCUCCUGAAAUUUGAACCGACAGACACAUUCAACAUUUUCUAGCAACAUGUAGACUCCCCUUGUUUUUAGGUCUAGCAUUUUUUUUAGUGCAACACACAGACCUCCAAUUUAGCCGGGAAACAGCGAACGACCUUAAGGAAAAGCCCCCCGAGGCCCCGGUUAAAUCUAGCCACUUUAGCGCUGAACUGUUGAGAUGGAGGAAAACGUUUCUCAUCAUAGCGCGGCCAGGAAACGAGUAAAAAACCGCCUUCACUUAAAAAAGGAAGAGAGUAAAAUGCGGAACGGGAUCCUGCCUCAUUGAAACUCUGCCUAGUUGGGGCUGGCUUGCUGUGUUUUUCUUUUUUCUUUUUUUUAGUUUCAAAGCGGUGUCAUCUCUGGAAUGUGUUUCGGAUUUGGAUUGUACUAGCGGCGAACAAAAAGACAAAGGCCAUGCAGGGGGGGAUCUUCCGGGUGUGUGUGGUGGUGGCAGCAGCCCUCUUGUUUCAGAAGGAAAACACCACCCUUCCUGAGCAGGAAGAUGACAUAAUUCAUCAGAUGAAGGGCCACCAAGAGAAACUCCAAUCCGAGAUGACCCGUCUGGAACAAGAGGUUUCCAAGCAGGAUCUGGAGGUGCCAAAGACAGUGGAGGAGGAGGAAGAGGAGGACAACCAAGGCUGGGACUUCUGGAGCACUCUGUCCUUGAUCAUCUUCCUGAUGAUUGAGAUAUGGAGGCAGGACUUCCAAGAUUGUUCUGCUCAGGAUUCCAAUUCCGAGGAAGAAGACUACCUGGUCAUUGGGAAUCUCUCUCAGAAAACCACACUCCCAAACAAAGUGGUCCUGGCAAGCUUCCAUGAUAACUGCAUCCGUAUCUCCGGCAAUGAGUUCUGGAGGAUGCGGGAGUUUGUGGAAGGUUUUGCAGAUGACCUUUUGGAAGCUUUGAGGAGCGUGUGCAACAGGGAUGCUGAUAUGGAAGUGGAGGACUGCAUUGGAGUUGGGAGCAUGUAUGAGAACUGGAGGGUGAGCAAGCCUCUGCUCUGUGAUCUAAUUGUUCCCUUUGCUCCGCCGGAGCCGUAUCGUUUCAAGUUUCAGCUCUGGUGCUGCUCAGGAAAUGACGUUCCUCCAGACAGACAGGGAUGCGGGAGGAUCAAAGUUGUAAAAGCCAGCGAAGAUAAUUCUGGUUGCCUGUGUGGUAAGAGCAACCUGGGGGAGGACAUGCUGUGCCUCCUCCAUGGCAAGAACGAGACGCCCAGGGCUAACGACACCAUGGAGGACCUGCUGUGCUCCAGGAAUACACCCUACUUAGCCAAAGACCAAGUCAUGAAGUGGUUCCAGAUCUCCAUAACCAAAGCCUGGAAUCGAAUCUCUCACAAAUAUGAUUUUGAGCUCACAUUCCGCAACCUUGAUGUGCCAGGAGCUCUGAAGGUGAAAUUCAGGUCAGGGAAGGUCAUUAUCUUCAACAUCACUCCAGUGGUUCAGUUUGAAGACACCGAUGCCUAUUUUGUGCCGAGUUUCAACAGCAGCAGCCCUCCAGAUGUCUAUUGGUCACUCUCUUUAGCCGUCUAUGAGAAGAAUUUGCUUAAAUCGUUGGCCAAGAAGCUGCCUGACAAUCCUUGCCACCUCAGCUGCCUUCAAAUCAUCUAUUUCCUGUUCCGGAAACAGUCCAGUCUGACUGGAAAGAGCGGACUCACCAAUUAUCACUUGAAAACAGCACUGCUGCACUUGCUGCUGAGCAAGGCCCCUUCAGAGUGGCGUCCAGAGCACCUGGAGAAAAGGCUGCGUGACAUCUUUAGAUUCCUGGAGAAAAGCCUCCAGGAGAAGAAGCUCUACCACGCUUUAAUUGGUAACAAACAAGUUUCGAAGGAUAUCCUCAUUCCAGCACAAUUCCGAGCUUCGGAACCACUCAACUUGUUCCGACCGCUUGUGCUACAGGGGGACCUGUAUGCCAAGACAGUGGAAUCCUUUCACGAAAUGCUCAGAAAUGCACCUGUCCUGAUACAGGAGUACACCCCGCACUUUCCAAAUGGGCAUGUUCCUGCUCCGCCAAACACACGUGUAUGAACGGCUGUCUUUUAAUGCAUCUGUUUUGAUUGACCCUGUAUGGGGCGGGAUUUAAAAACUAAAAACAUGAGUCAAUGAGAAAUCUCCUUGUGACUGCUUGCUGGUAUAAUAAAAAAGUGUGUGUGUGUGUGUG